CAAAUUGGAUGAGGGAAAUACCUUCAGAGUGCGGAGAAGAAUAAAUUCCCCAAGCUCCAUCUCGCCAAAAUGGCCUCACGCAGAGAAGCACCUUCAGUACCCUCACUAGGCAGGAUUGCCGUUAUUGGCGGAUGCGGCUUCCUGGGCUCUCACAUCGUCUCCUUGCUCGUGGAACGACAUCCCAAAACCUCCAUCGCCGUUCUCGAUCUCCGCACAAGCUCAAACCGUAACCUGAGUCCCAAUGUUUCCUACCAUGACUGCGACAUCACCGACUAUGAAGGCGUCAAGAGCCUGUUUGAGCGAUUGAAACCCGACGGCGUUAUCCACACCGCGUCUCCCCACUUCCACCUUGCGCCCGCGAUCCACGACAAGGUCAAUGUUGGAGGGACGAAGAACCUGCUCAAGGCGGCGCAAGAGACGGGCGUGAAGGCUUUUGUAUAUACCAGCUCUGCGAGCGUGAUCUUGGGCCCGAAUGUCGAGCUCGUCAACGCGGACGAAGAGUACCCCUUAGUUGUGGGCGACGCACAGCCGGAGUACUACACAACAACCAAGGCCUACGCCGAAACCGCCGUGCUCGCCGCAAACCGCACACCACCCACCUUCCUCACAACCGCCAUCCGCCCCGCGGGUAUCUUCGGCGAAGGCGACAUCCAGCUCCUCCCCAAGAUGGUCACAGCCUACCACAAGGGCCAGACCAAGUUCCAAGUGGGCGACAACAACAAUCUCUUCGACUUCACCUACGUCGGCAACGUCGCGCACGGCCAUCUCCUCGCUCUACAGGCCCUGCUAGAUACACACAAGAUGCUGCCUACGGUGCCGCUGGACACAGAGCGCGUCGACGGCGAGGCCUUCUUCAUCACCAAUGGCCAACCCGUAUAUUUCUGGGAUUUUGCACGCGCCGUCUGGCACGAGGCGGGAGAUCGCCUGCCCCUGUCCUCGGUGUGGCAUCUCUCGGAAAAUGUCGCCAUGACCAUUGGCGCCAUACUCGAGAAUCUGUUUUGGGUCAUGGGGAAGACGCCGAACCUCACGCGCGCGCAGGUGCGGUAUAGCACAAAGAACAAGUAUCACAGUAUUGAGAAGGCGAAGAGGAGGUUGGGGUAUGCGCCCAUUGUGGAUCUCGAUGAGGGGAUUCGGAGGGGUGUCCGGUACAUCUUGGAGAAUGAGAAGAAGGAAAGGGAGAAGAAGGGACAGUAAAUAUCAUUGGCUAGACUAAUAGAUAGGUAUAAUUCAGAGGGAACUUCACAGUUCAAUAAGAUGGAUCCAAGACAGGCAGCUUGAUACGUGCGAUGCCAUUUAAUAACAU